AGAAAAUUUAACAUUACCAUUCAUUCAACAAGUGUGUUUUGUAGUGAAUGAACGUAUGAACUUGGUUGUCGUUGUCAACAUUCGAGGCCAGAAAUAUUAACACUUUUUGACUAAAUAAUAAGUAAGGUACGUUGGGUUUUUGUGUUAUUUGUUUAAACCUUGUUAUCCAACGAAACAAAUAUUAAUGUGGUGUAUGUGUUUAUUGAACAAAUGAUUGUUGAUCUGAAAGACCGGUAGCUGAAUAUUACAGUCCACAUGAAUUUCAAAACUCCAGAAGUACCACCACACGUAAAUGUGGAAAUAAGUGAAAAUGAUAUCCAAAAUGGGGCCUUGCAAAUUUUGAAAGUUAUUAGACCAAAUUGGGAAGAAAGUAGCAUAACGUUUAAGCUGUUGACAGAUGGGAUAACCAAUAAGCUGGUAGGAUGCAAGCCCGAGGGAGCAGAUGAUGAAGAAAUAGUCCUCGUCAGGAUAUAUGGAAACAAGACAGAUCUGAUUAUAGAUAGAAAAGCAGAAACAAGAAACAUUAUUCUACUUCACAAGGCAGGAUUAGCACCAAACCUCUACGCAACAUUCAAAAAUGGUCUGGCUUAUAGAUAUCUACCAGGUUGUACAUUAACUAGCAAAUCUGUGAGAGAACCGACAAUAUACACAUUAGUAGCUAAACAGCUGGCACUUCUACAUAAAGUGAAUCCCAACAAUGGACCUUCGAAAACAUUCCUAUGGGAUAAGAUUAGAAAAUUUUUAGAUUUGAUACCAGACACAUUUUCGGAUCCCGAGAAACAUAUAAGGUAUAUGAAAAAUGUUACUCCCAAAUCUAAAAUAGAACAGGAAAUGUAUGAAAUGAAAGAAGUUAUAGAAAGUUUAGGCAGUCCUAUAGUAUUCGCUCAUAAUGACCUCUUGUUAGGUAAUGUCAUUUACAAUAAAGAAAAAAAUAAGGUUACGUUUAUAGAUUACGAAUAUGCAGCUUUAAACUACCAGUCAGUCGAUAUAGCGAACCACUUUGCAGAAUUUGUAGGUAUAGAUGAAAUUGAUUACUCCUUAUAUCCGAACAAAGAAUUUCAAACAGAAUGGAUAAAGGUAUACCUGACGGAAUAUAAUGGACGAGAACCAUCUAGUAAAGAAAUUGAGAAAAUGUACGUUCAAAUAAACAAGUCUACGUUAAUAACACAUAUCUUUUGGGGUGUUUGGUCAUUGGUGCAAGCAGAACAUUCCUCAAUUAGCUUUGAUUAUAUGGGGUAUGCAGCUAUACGUCUUAAUGAGUAUUUUAGCAAAAAGGACCUAUUUCUAAGUUUAGAGCUACCCAGCUGAUCUGGAAGAAUCUAGAAUACAUAUUAAAAUUUAGUGAUAUUGGAUGAUAUCAAAAAUAUUUUUUGAAAAUUAGAUACGUUUAAAAUGAAUUUAGUAUUCUAACAAAUUAGAGUAUAGGGGAUAAAUCUCACUUAAAAAGUAAAGCAAGCAAACGUAUGUUAGAAUAAUACAAAAAUAGAAGAAUUCAGAAUUUAUUAUAUAUUAAAAAAUAUUAUUAUUAAAGUAAGUUGUCGUACUAAAUUAAUCCUGCAUUUUUUUAUUAUACUAGGGAGAGACAAUGUAUAUUUUUGUAGGUAGCUAUAUUUCCUAUUAAAUGCAGGUACCGGUAAAACCAUUGGUAUCUGUUUAAAUACCUCAUCACUUGAAUGUAUUAAUACAUCUCCUCAUUCACUCUCCGAUUGUCCACUGCUGGACAUAGAUCUCCCUCAUAAUUUUCUAUCUGUUUCGAUCUUAUGCCUCUUGCAUCCAAUUCCUAUGGCAACGUUUUAGAUCAUCAGUCCAACGUGUCGGUGGACGAUCUCUUCUUCGGUAGGUAGGCACUAUAUCUUUGUCUCCAUUUCAGUAUGCGCUUUUUCCGUCUGUUAUCUGCCAUUCGAGUCACGUGACCUGUCCAGUUCCAUUCUAAUACGUAUCACAUAUAAUACGUAUAAGAUAUCGAAUAGUUUUUUUCCCUCAGGUGCUUCAACUAAUCCUAGCUUUUAUUCGUCUCUAAAGUAAGUAGUAUGUAUUUAAUGGUAUAAUCUAUCAUUUGUUUUUGAACAAAGAAUACUUAUAAAAACAAAUACGUGUACGUGUAGCAAAGUAAAUAUUAGUAUUACCACAUUUGAUUAUAUUAAAUGUGGGACAUAUUAAUUAUUCUCUUUCCCGGUGAUCUUAUUAAAAUAACAUAUCUAAUGUUGGAAUAGGACAAAUAAAAACACAAUUUUUUCCAAAAAAACUUUAACCAUUACAUACUAUAAGUAGACUGAAAAAUAUUAGUACGAAGUAUGUCCCCCUUUAGUAGAAAUGACCUCUCCAACGCUAUUUUAGCACAGUUGUUCAUGAGUUCAUCAUCGUGGAACCACAAUUGUAUAGCACUUGUUAUAAUUUUUUCCUUUGUAGAUCAAUUUAGCUAAGCAUUUCUUAAGAAUAUGCUAUGAGUUCUCAAUGGGAUUUAGGUCUGGUAAAUUACUAGGCCAGUCAAGCACUUUUCCUUUAUUUUCCCGCUCAAAAGUCUAGACCAAUUUCGCAUUGUGACAAGUGACAAGGGACCAACAUGUUAAAAUGUUCCGUAUGCAAGCCAAGAAAGAGAGUAAGAAGAAGAAGAAGAAAUGUUCCGUCAAAUGUUUCCAUAAAUGGAACAAUGCUUUGCGUAAUAUUUCGAUGGAUUUGACAUCAUUUAUUAUGCCUUGAAUAGGAACUAAGCUUUCAGUGUCAUUUAUUUUGAAAAAAUCCCAAAACAUCUGUUUAGAAGGGUAUUUUAUGCCUGGGUGUACCAACAGAUCUUAAGCUUAAGCCGUGCUUUAAGCUUAGCUUACGAAACAUACGCUUUGCACCAUUGAGUCUUAGAUCAAUUUUCAGCUUGCCACAAUGAUGUACAAAUCGAACAAAUCGUGUAAGAAUCGAAAAUUAUGGUGCAACUUAAGUGAGAUACAAAGCGGCCCUAUCUAAAAGCUGAGCUGGGCUAAGCUGGAGUUUAAGAUUUGUUGGUGCAACGUGCAACCAGACAUUACAGGCUGUUGGAUACUUGGAUAUAAUUUCUGGAGAUUUCUAGUUGGGGAGCACACAGUCCCCCACAAACAGUGUUGUUUUUUCCUUUAUGGGGUUUUUUCAUGCUUUGGUUAUUUACUGUCUGUACAAGUAUAUAGUUGUUAUGAUCCAUUAAUUUAGAUAUUUGUCUUUAAAAUUUAUUUAUUUAUAGCAUUUGCUCUUUCGUAUGUACUUUCCCGUGAAUAAUUAAGUCGUAGGUAUGUACCUAAAAAAUUCUUAGAAGAACACAGAUAUUUUAAUAUUCUUGAUUCUUUGUAUAAACCCAAGUGAAAUAUUGCUAAUGCCAGUGAUUUAAGUUGUGAUAGUUCAGCAAUUUGGUAAUCUUUAUUAACAUAUCUAACACAUGCAAUGAAAGACCACUAAAGAUAAAAUGUUAACAAAAUAUUUAUUUCCUAAUAUUUGAAAGGUAUUUUUGUUUCAUCCCAAAAGGAUUAUAUUUUAUUGUACACAUUAUUUUUAAAUUAAUACGUUCAGAAUGAUAGCAUCUCUGUAUAUAAUUUGUUACAUUCUGACAAACGAUAAUAUAUUAUUGACCAUUAAGAGAUUAAUUUUAUAUAUAUCGAAUAUUUUAUCAUGUUAUUUUGCUAAAAGUUUGUUUAAUCUUAUUAUGUUAAUAAAUUUAUUUUUAUUAUAUUA